AUGGCUACCCCCACUGUCCUUACUUUUGAUGCUGAGGGCCGUGCCGUUGACUUUGAGGUCUGGGUCGAUGACCUCCAGCUGUUUCUCCAGUGCGAUAGGGCAGACGGACUCUCUCUGUUCAAUCUCACCUCUGGUGUCUCUCCUGCCCUGCCUGCUACUGCUGACAGCACUGUUCGCUCACAGUGGGCCACACGCGAUGCUGCUGCUCGCCUUGCUGUGUGUCGCCACUUACCGACCACGGAGCGUGCACACUUUAGCCAGUACAAGAGUGCUCAGACCUUGUACGACGCUGUAGUUGCACUCUACUCUUCCCCUGCCACUGCUGCACUGAGCCGCCUCAUGCUCUCGUACCUCUUCCCUGACCUUGCUGCCUUUCCCACAGUCGCUGACCUCAUUACGCACCUCCGCACUAGUGACACUCGCUACCGCGCUGCACUUCCUGCUGAGUUCUGCACCAAGAACCCCCCCCCCAUGUACAUCACCCUCUACUACAUAGUCACCCGGCUCCCUGACUCUCUUCGCGUAGUCAGGGACCACUUCCUCUCAGUUUGUCCCACCACUCUCACCGUUCACCUCCUCGAGAAGGGCCUCCUAGCAGCAGAGAAGAGCAUAGUCACUGUAGGAGCCUCUCGUGGUGACCCUCGCACUCCCGUCUUUGAGUGGUGUUCCCCCUCCCCCCUCUUGCCCUCUAUUGUUUCUGCUGCUGCGGCCGACCUCGUUGGUUUCGAGUCGGUCGGCGCUGCGUCUGCCCCUAGCGGGAGACGCCGCACCGGCAAGGGCAAGGGGGGCAAGGGCGCUGGAGGGGCUGGCGGGGGCGGUGGAGGUGGUGGUGGAGGCAGUGGAGAGGGUGGGGGUGGUGGUGGGAGUGGUGGCAGGGGUGGUGGCGGCGGCGGCACCAGUGGAGGCGGAGGAGGCGGCGGUGGUGGCGGAGGGAGCGGAGGCGGCGGAGGGAGCGGAGGCGGCGGAGGUGGCGGAGGAGGCGGAGGUGGAGGAGGCGGCGGAGGAGGCGGCGGCGGCGGCGGUGGUGGAGCGGGUCGCGACUCUGCGCAGAGGAGUGGCUCAGGUAAUGGUCCGCGCCAGCAGCAGCGGAGUGGGCUGACCCUGUCCCCUCAGCAGCUUCCGACCGAGAUGGUGAGCGGUGCGGGGGACCCGCACUCCACCCAGCGCUGCUUCGGUCGCCUAACGGACGCGUGGCGUCGCCAGUUCCCUGAGGCGUCAGAGAUCCCUCGCUCGGGAGAUCUGUCUAGGGCGGGGGUUGCCAUCUUUGAUCUUGAGUAUGAUGCUAUCCUUGCUGCCAUGUAUUCUGUGACUACCAGUGUUGAGGGUGACUGUUACUUGUGUGUACCACCUGACCCGGGCAUUGAGGCCACUGCGCUAGGUGCUGGUGAGGCUGCUGCUCUAGGUGCUAGUGCGUCUGCUGCCCCAGGUGCCAGUGCGUCUGCUGCCCUAGGUGCUGGUGAGACUGCUCACUCAGGUACUACACCGCACUAA